AUGCUUUCUGAUCAAUUUUUUAUUGUCAAUUAUUCGUUAGCUAUUGUAUUUUCAAUCGUUGGCUUAAGUUUAUGUUUGCUAACAAUUGUCAUCACUAUUACCCAUCGACAAUGUCAUAAUUUUACUAAUGUACUCUCUUGUAAUACAUGUACAGCUGUUACUUUAUAUUUCAUCUUUCGAAUUCUUACAUGCAUCUAUGGUCUUCGUCAAGACUGGCAAUUUCAUCAACCAGCUUGUAUUUUUCGUGCAUAUUGUUCACUUGCAUUAUGUGCCGCUCUUUGUUAUUCAUAUUCUAUCCAAGCUACUAGUCGGCUAUUUUUUGCUGUAUUUUACAAACAUAAAUAUCUUCUUACAUGGCGUACUCAUUGGAUCAUGAUUAUUGUCAAUUGGAUAAUUAGUUUUAUUAUAUCAAUUCAACCAUUUUUCUAUCAACAUGGUUUUGAACUUGAAAUAGAAUCUCGUAGUUGUGUUGUUACUCCUAAAAUUGUAUCAAUAUCUAUGUAUACACUUGUAAUUAUAUUUAUUAUUCCUUUGAUUGUUGUAACAAUUUUUGGUGGUAUAAUUGUUUAUUAUGUUCGUCAAUCGAGUCGUCGAAUAGCAGCAGUUGUAUCAAACGUAGCCGAAAAUGCAUCUACCGUUCAAGUUUCUAAACGUUAUGGAAAACGUGAGUUAAAACUUCUGAAAAAUUUGAUGAUUCAGUCAAGCAUUAUCUCAUGCGGAGGAAUACUUUAUUUGAUUCUUGUUGUUUGGUAUGCCACACAACAGCAAUCUCCACCUGAAUCAUUGUAUUUAUUGGCUUUAAAUUCAAUAACAGUUUUUACUACAUUGAUGACGAUUGUUCUGUUUCUAUUGAACAAGACAAUAAGAAAAAUUACUUUGAAAUAUUUGUUUCGACUUUGUUAA